AAAGCUAAUAAUGACUCUAAUUUAACAGAUUUCAGUACCUGGCACUUACUACAACGCACCCUGACCGUUAGUGUUUAGUCCGGGAAGGAGCGAUGUUGAAUGAGAGGCGGCUCAACCGCCAUGUGCCGUUGCAUCGGCACGGUCCGCACUUUCUUGCUCUGAGCAAGAAGGUAGUUACUUGCCAAGACAAAGUUGACCCACAAAAAUGGCUGUCUAAAUUGACCGCUUUCCCCAUUGAACUUCUUCCGCCAGCUGCUUCUCGAACAUCUGGGGAGCUCGACCGCGUCAACAACCAACCUGCACCAUCCGACAAAACUCGGCUUUGUUCCAUGAACGACGUCUCGUCCUGACGUGAUUUUGUGCUAGCAGACAGACCAAGGUGGUACUUUUGUCGCAUUGCCCAACGUGUCGUCGCAAUGUCGACCAUCACCCCUACCGCGCUGCAGAGCUCGCAGCCGCCGAUUAUCCCUCUCGACUUCAAUGCGAAUCAGCCCGAGACCAUCCGCCUGUACCCUCUCUCCAACUAUACAUUUGGCGUCAAGGAGACGCAGCCAGAGGAGGAUCCGAGUGUGCUGGCGCGGCUGAAGCGGCUGGAGGAGCACUACCAGGCGCACGGCAUGCGGCGCACCUGCGAGGGCAUCCUGGUCUGCCAUGAGCACAACCAUCCCCACAUCCUGAUGCUACAGAUCGCAAACGCCUUCUUUAAGUUGCCGGGAGACUACCUGCGGCCCGAGGAUGACGAGAUCGAGGGUUUCAAGGCACGCCUGGACGAGCGGCUUGCCCCCGUCGGCAGCCUCGGCGAGGGCAACAAGGCUGGCGACUGGCAGGUCGGCGACUGCCUUGCGCAGUGGUGGCGCCCGAACUUCGAGACGUUCAUGUACCCGUUCGUGCCGGCGCACAUCACCCGUCCCAAGGAGUGCAAGAAGCUGUACUUCAUCCAGCUGCCGCAGACCAAGGUCCUGAGCGUGCCAAAGAAUAUGAAGCUGCUCGCCGUUCCCCUUUUUGAGCUCUACGAAAAUACCCAGAGAUACGGCCCUCAGCUCUCCGCUAUCCCCCACCUUCUGAGCCGCUACAACUUCGAAUUCGUCAACGAGGAGGGCGAGGUGGUCGCCAGGACGCCCGGUACCGGCGGUCCCGACGGUUACGUUCCCAAGACUAAGGUCCUCGCCGGGGGCGACGACGUCGACAUGAAGACGGAGAACGGCACGCACUGAUGGAUGGGGCUUGUCGGGGGCGUUGAUUUUCAGCAGGCGUCCGGCGUUGAGGUCAGGAUUAAGGGAACGGAAUGAAUUGCACGGGGAGAC